AACUGUGAGAAAUAAAUAUGUUAUUUAAGCCACCCAGUUAAUGGCAUUUUUGUUACAGCAGCCCAACCUAUGAAGGCCUUUUGAUAGCAUUUAUAUAAGACAUAAAUAUUCCCCAAAUUGUGGCCUAUUCUGAAAGGUCCAUCCAUGUACCUCUCCCCCUAAACUUCCUUGCGCUAAUCCUGUAAUUUUGCUCAGGGACUUGGAAUCCAGCCAAAUCCUUAGCCACUUUCAAAGUACUUCUCUUUCCUUGGAGCACAGUAACCCUGAUUAGAAGGUUAGGAGGAGAGUUAUAGUACGUAUUUGUAAUGUUAUAAAGUGUACUUCCUCAAAGAUACCCAGUCUCCUCUUCAUUCAAAGGGAUUUGUGAAUUGAUUGCUGGGCACCCCAGGCUUUGUCAGGCCUACACUGCAGGAGGGAGAGGAAGAGGGGAAAAAGAGACGAGAAGGGAUAGGAAGGGGAGGAGAAGUGAGGUAGAGAAGGGAGGGAGGGAGACCUCUAAACACACCGUAAAGACCAUAGCUGUGUACCCCCAUGACCCGUAGAGGGAAAUAUGUCAAAUUUUAGACAAUUUGAGCAUCCAAAUUAAUAAUCAUGUGUUAGGAUCUGAAUUGUGCCCCCCUCAUUCAUAUGUUGAAGUCCUAAACCGCUAUAGUUUGUAAUACGGCUGUUUUGGAGACAGGGCCUUUAAAGAGGUAAUUAAGGUAAAAUGAGUGGGCCCUAAUCCAAUAUGACUGGUGUCCUUGUAAGAAGAGGAGAUUAGGACAUAGAUACUUAUACUGUGGGAAGACCAUGUGAAGAUAUAUGGUGAACACUGCCAUCCCAACCAAGGAAAGGCCUUCAAAAGAAACCAACCCUACUGACAUCUUGUUCUCUGACUUCUAGUCUCAGAACUGUGAGGAAAUAAGUUUUUGUUGUUUAAGUCAACCCAUCUGUGGUACUUUGUUAUCGCAGCUCUAAAAAACUAACACAAAUAGUAACAUGACCCAUUGAAUAAUGUAAGAAUUCAUGAGUAUUUACUGCUGUAAAUAAAUGAAUAAUAAAUGGAGGAAAAGGGAAAGUGCUCCCUUACUGUAGAAUGCCAACUAAUAAAUGUAGAAGGAAUAAUGUAAUUAGAAAACCACUAUUUGAUAACCAUCAUAGUAAUGAUUGAUCCCAGCAAGAAUAUUAAUGUAGGCUAACAGCAGAUAAAAGUUUGAUGAGAUAUAGGAUGUUAGUCUCAAAGUCUCUCACCAUAAAUUACAAGGAGUAAAAUAGUAACUUUUUGGUGGCAAACUUGGCAGACACUACCUUAACUAACUGAUCAAAGUUAACAUCACCAAUAAUAGAGAAACUGAAAUCAUAUGCCUUGAUGGGAAUUCACAGACAACAUAACAUCUUGUAUUCCAGCCAAAACUGCAUUGCCUGAAAACAAUCAUAAGGAAAAACCAGACAAACCCAAAUUGAGAAAUAUUCUACAAAAUAAAUGGGCUAUUCUCUUAAAAAAAGGUCAAGGUCAUGAAAGACAAAGACUUGGGGAUCUACUUCAGAUUAAAGCAAACUAAAGAGAGGCACAACAAUUAAAUGUAAUGUGUGGUCCUGGAUUGGAGAAUUGACCAAACUUGAAUACGAGGUGGAUUAAAUAGUAUAUCAACAGCAAACUUCCUCAUGGUAACAGUACUGACGUUAUGUAAGAAUAAGACUGCCAUCCAAAGCUAGUCUACCAAUCAAUAGCCACUGGCCACAAUCGCCUCCUCCCCUCCCCAGCUAUUUAGUGAUGAUUCGGAUGAGCCCUCCCAGCCCUUCGCCCUCUCCGGGAUAGCGUCCCUAUCCCUACUACUGAAGCCUUUUCCCUCUCCUCCUUGACUGCACUCCCCACCUUCUGCCCACCUGGCUCCCUGUCCUCUCCUGCUUCCUCGCUCUGGCGAGGUCCCUCUCUUACCCUCCCGGCCCCUUCCACCUCUGCACUGCAGCCUUCCUUCCCCAGGUGCGCACCGCCUCCGCGGAGCUCCGCUGUGCGCUUGCGCUCCGCACCCGCGGGAGCCGGGCCGGCAGAGUUGGAGGAGCGGCGGCGGCGCCGGGGCGGUUUGCGCGGGAUCGGAGCUCCGGGCCGACGCCCGCGCCGGGUUGGGACAGGUGGCUGCGCUGGUCCACAAGACCGCCUUUCUGCCCGCGAUGGGCUGCUCCAGCAGCGCCCUCAACAAGGCCGGCGACAGCAGCAAGCUCCGCAGCGAAGAAAGUGAGUCCUGCUUUGCCCAACCCAAACCACGUACACUAGGAAAAGGAUCUACUCUUUAUGGCAAGGUACAAAAGGAAAAUCCUUCCCCCCUCGAGAAGCUCAAGAUUUCAGCAGUGUCUACAGCUAAUGGUGUUAAAUCCCUCCAUGAACAGCCCCUAGCAAACGAUGCUGCAGAUCCACCAGGAUCCACAGAAGAGACUCAGCCUCUAGACAGACCUGAGGAGUCUGGGCCGCCUCAGUCAGGUGGUGAAGAUGAUACUCCAGGUACAGGAGAAAAGAAGAAAGACAUGGGAGCAAUGACAGAGGCUCAGCAUUUAAAAGGAAAUGCUGAGACUGAAUCUGUAGAAACAGACACCAAGUACCAGCCUUUGAAGACCACAGGAGAGAGGGACUCCCCGGGAGCAGUGGACGGUAGUGAGAAUCCACAAACUGCCAGAGAGAUGAAACCUCUAGGAACAGCUGAGAAAAUCCCUCCUCUGGAAGCAGCUAGAAAGCCACAACCUCAAGAAGCCAUGGGAAAGGGUGAACAGACCCAACUCCCAGAAACAGUUCCCAAGGAGAAUGAAUCUCCAGAAGUAUUGGAAGGAAUUCAGUUUGUGGAAACAGCUGAAGAGUGGCAACUUCAAGAAACAUUGGGAGAAGAUGAGCAGUCCCAACCUCUCGAAACCAUUCCCAAAGAGAAUGAAACACUGGAAGUAUUGGAAGGAAGUCAGUUUGUGGGAACAGCUGUAAACAAUUAUUUGCUCCAUAAAACUCCUGAAGGUCCCGGAAGCAUGGAGCAGAUUCAACCUGAAGGAAUAAUAGUUGGAAGCAUGGAGCAUCCAGCAGGAAUUCUAGAAAUAGGAGCAAAUAUCGAAAUGGUCAGGAAAAAUCACACUAAUGAAGAGGACCAACACAUUGAAGGUGAGACAGGAGAAAAGGUUGAAGCAGAGAUGGAGAAUGACAAAGGAAGUGAAGGGCCUGGAACAAAAGAAGAAGAAACAGGGGAAGCUGUGGAUCUUUCAGCGGCCACAUAGAUUGGCAUGGUUGUAGAAGGAUGAACGGACAGUGUGUUGUAACAGAGAAAAAUAGAGUGAAGUGUGUGGGUACAGAUCUUAUCUUUCAGUGUCUACGUAUUUUAUACGAAGAGUGUGGUUAUCAUGUUCUUGAUUACAUUGUUCCAUAAAACCGCUAAGCUGUAAACAGUUUUCUUAGGCACUUAGAAUAGUAAUACAUUCAAGCUUACAGCUGCCACAGCCAAUAACAAGUAGGGUAUAGGAUCCCCGGAGGGUGAGGGUGUUUUCUUCAUUGUGGUAGUAGGUCUAUUCAGUUUAGAAAAUGAGACCCUAAAAAGAAGGUAUAAACCUUAGAUAUAGGUGGUUGGAGAAAAGAGCACAUUUUAGGGAGCUCAUGAUGGUAAGGUUACACAGUUAUAAUUACAAUGGGAUAAGAAUGAACAACAGUGUCAGGGCAAACUAUACCUAGUGUUUCUUUCCUGUUGCGGAAUUUAAAGCUGGUAGGAACCUUGGAAAGUGUGUCCAUCUAGUUACUUUCUCACCUUGAAUCUGUCUACUGCCGUAGACUCUUAUUUAUCAUGAUGUGUUAAAUGUGUUAACAAAAUCCUUGUCAAAGGAAUGCAAUCUCUGGUGCUACUGCAAGAUCAGGCGUUUCUAUACUGAAAGGCUAUACAUUUUCCCUUGCCAUUUUGAAUUAGCUGUUGAUUUUGCACUUACGUGAUGGGUUUCAAUUGGUGUUAUCCUUUUGACUGACAUUAAACAUAUUUUAAAUAAAUUGACUUUUGGGGCGCCUGGGUGGC